AUCGGUGAACUGCUUAGCAAGAAUACGUGGCGCGAUCGGUCGGUCGAGGCGGCGGGUCAGUUUUGUGGUGCCAGGCAGCCUCUUUCAAAACAAUAUUUGACCGGACACAUCGCUGUUGGUGUGGGAGGAAAGAAGAAAAUGGCAGAAAAGAAAAACACCAUCGAUUCUGUCAGGGAAUGGGUCGUCGAUCACAAGCUCCGCGCCGUUGGUUGUUUGUGGCUUAGCGGCAUAGCAUCUUCCAUCGCCUACAACUGGUCCAAACCGGAAAUGAAAACCAGCGUUAAAAUCAUCCACGCUAGAUUGCACGCACAAGCAUUGACACUGGCUGCAUUAGCUGGAGCAGCAGUGGUGGAGUAUUAUGACCACAAAUCAGGAGCAAAGCAUGAACGCGUUGCAAAGCUUUUCGACAUUGAGCAACAACCCCAUAAGAAAUAAUGAAAUCGGCAUGAUUUUAUCUACUAGAUUCAUAUUUCUAUUUCGGGUUUGUUCAUUUUUCUCUUGUUCAGGUGACAAACCUAUUUUUCAAAACUCAUGGCAUGUAAAAUUGUUGCGGUUACUUUCCCCAAGCAAUAUUUCUGGACAAUAGAGUGAUACAAGCUCUGAACAUUUGCAACUACAGAAUUUGAUAUUAAUAAACAAAUGAG